AUGGGGUGGCUGCCAGGUGUUGCGGUUUCGUACUGUAACGCGACCUUCGACUCGUAUCUGUGUUGGCCCCCGACUCCGGUCGGCGAAGUCGUCCACAAGCAUUGUCCACCCGCAAGGCUGAGUAACGUCAAGUUGUUCGCCUUUCGCCAAUGUGGAUUUAACGGAUUAUGGCUGACGCGGAAGGUGAACGAGUCCAGCUCGAUAGGAUGGACGAACUACACCCCGUGUUUCCCUCCUGACGUCCAGACACUGUUCGACCAAGUGUACGACAGUGAGGAGGAAGCGCAGCAAAAGUUUUACAUCGCUCAAAUUACUCGGAACAUCGAACUCGUCGGCUUCACGGUGUCUUUUAUCUCUCUCUGUUUAUCUUUAAUGAUCUUCACAACUCACCGUAGUCUCCAGAACAACCGUACCCGCAUCCAUAUCCAUCUGUUCUUCGCUUUGCUGCUUCAAGUUGCUAUCCGACUGAUUCUCUACGUCGACCAAAUCCGCGUCCGAAGCCUCCUUGGAGACAUGAUACCAACUGAAAAUGAUUAUGUAGCUGGAAUCGAUACUAUGCCGUACGUUUGCGAGUCAUCGUAUGUACUACUGGAAUAUGCCAACUCCGUCAUGUUCACGUGUAUGCUGCUGGAAGGACUGUAUUUGAAUAACGUGGUAACAGCUAACGCGUUGCGCAACAGAUUCUCACCAAGGUUCAACUGCAUCGUGGGUUGGGGUGUACCAUUCGUACUUACGGUCAUCUGGGCAGCAAUUACAUCAUACACCUACACUGGCGAUACUGUUAAGAGCUGCUGGUACGGAUACAACUUCUCAUACAUUUACUGGAUUCUGCAAGGACCUCGGCUGUUUGUAUGCUUGUGCAAUUUCAUCUUCAUGAUCAGCAUUAUGCGCGUGAUCAUCAAAAAACUUCGUCAGUCUACCGAUUCGGAGCUUGUACGCGCACAGAAAGCUACCAGGGCCACGCUGCUGCUUCUCCCGCUGCUGGGGACGACUAACGUGUUGAACAUGCUGCAAAUACCCCUGAACUCCAACGUCACCUUGUUCGCGGCUUGGAGCUACAUCACGCACUUCCUGAGGUCCUUCCAAAGUUUCUUCAUCGCGGUCCUUUAUUGCUUCAUGAACAGCGAGGUGCAAGAGGUACUCAAAAAGGAUUACCGUGAUCGCCAGGCGAUGCGUGCCACCGCCAGGCGCAGGGAAAGACGAUAUCGCGACUACUUUUUCAAUUUUGUCAUGGACCAACCGAAACGCACCCAACCUGGCCCUCCGCCUGCCGCCAGCGAGAAGCAUCCGCUAUCGACCUACCGAGUCGACAUGAGCGGCGAGAAUGACGAAAAAACGACCAGGUGGAUGAUGUUAAGGAAACUCCAGAUCAAACGCGACGAAUCUUUGGACAAGUUGGAAUCUUUGGAAGCGCAGGUGGAGGCACAACUGGAAACCCCAUUCGGCCCUGACGACAGCCCUGAGGAAAUUAACGACGGUUUUGAUACCAGGCCCGUAACUCCGGAAUCCGACGUCUCCAACGAGGAUCGGAUUGAAAAAGUGGUGAUAGAACACGAUCCCAAACAUCCACCUCGGUCGCGUUCUCCACCUCCUCCACCGAAGAUCAUCAUAUUUAAAGAUGCUGGCGAUGACGGACCCGUAAUUGGACCUAUCAUUGAUGAUCCUAACUACAACCCCGACGACCCUGAUUUAGAUGAUGUUGGUCCGAUGUUGUCUUUAACAACGGAGGAGCCAUACCGCAACGACAAAACCAUCCACCACGACCCGCGGACGAGGAGCCAAGUACCAUAA